CUGUGUUGUCCUGCUGUUGCAAGGUGAGUGUAUGAUUGCAGAGUUAUAAAGGGAGCAAAGCUGCAGAAGGAGCCAGCACUGAAGGAGAAAUGUUUUAACCGCUGUAAACCGAGUAUGUCUCUUAGGGAUCCGCCAUACGAACCUCCGUCUGUCUCUGAGCUACAGGAGUUCUUACUGGCAGACAGGCGACCAACUGGUCAUGUCAAUCAAGUCUGGCCUAAUGUUUACAUAGGCAACGAGGUGGCUGCUCGCGACAAAGGAGCUCUCCAUAGUCUGGGCAUUACACACAUUGUCAAUGCUGCUCAUGGUCCUCCAAGUCCCAGCGACAGUCCCUGCUUUUACGUCAACACUGGCCAACGUUUCUACAGAGAUAUGACGGUGGAUUAUUAUGGGGUGGAGGCUGAUGAUGCAACAGAUUUCAUUCUCAGUCCUUAUUUCUAUCCAACAGCGCGAUACAUCAGAGCUGCUCUGGCCAUGGGAGGAAAGGUUUUCGUACACUGCCUGAUGGGAGUGAGCCGCUCUGCCACCCUAGUGUUGGCCUUCCUGAUGAUAAUUGAGGAUCUGCGGCUGCAGGAGGCGGUGGCUGCAGUAAGGCAGCACAGAGACAUCUGUCCCAACGCUGGCUUCCUGAUGCAGCUUCGUUGCCUCGACAUGAGCCUAGAGAGGGAGAGGAGAAGAAAAAGACAGGCCCAAGCACUAGGUUAUUCAGCCAAGCAGGGGGAAACACCAUCUCUGACUGAGCUGAGGGAAAUUCUCUGGACCAACAGGAAGUCUGUCGGGUCUAUCAAUGAAGUGUGGCCAAAACUCUACGUUGGGGAUGAGUCUGUAGCUCGAGAUAAAGCCAGACUAUCAUCUCUGGGUGUGACCCACGUCCUGAAUGCUGCAGCAGGUCAACACCGCAUCAACACCGGUCAGGCGUUUUACACCGACAUUCAAGUGGUGUACCAUGGUGUUGAAGCUCCAGACCAUCCAGAGUUCAAUCUCCGGCCUUUUUUCAACUCUGCAGCACAGUUCAUAGACAGCGCUCUGAAGGAAAAUGUGUCUUUCAGGGAAAGUUCUUGUUCACUGUGCUAUGGGUGUGAGCCGCUCUGGCACCUUGGUUCUGGCCUACCUGAUGAUCCAUCAGGGCCUGACAUUAAUGGAGGCCAUCCUCUCUGUAAGACUGUGCCGAGACAUUGGACCCAACUCUGGAUUUCUGGAGCAGCUGAGGCAGCUGGAGCUGAGCCUACGUACAGAGAGGACACAGAUCGCUGGGGACAGUAGUAAAACAGAAAAGGCUGUUUCUCUGUAAAACUUCUAUACUGGAUUUCUCUGUCUCUCUUUUGACAAACUUGUUUUGUGUGAUUUCUAAGUUUGUAAACCUGUUUACAAAGAUUUUCUGAACCUUUCUCCCAAAUCUGAUAGCAGAUGCUGGAGUUGAAUGUUGUUUUUAUUAAAAAAAAUAUUAAUAUAGGACCUGAUGAGUUGUUUCUAUGCAAAAAAAUCAUAACCCUUCUGAUUUAAGAAAUUUGACAUAUUAAAAGACUUGAACAUUCAAGAAGAAAGCAAAAAAUCCUUUUCAUGCUUGGAUUAUGUCUGGGUGUGUGUGUUAUGUCUUUCAGAUCAGGUUCUAUAGCCCAGCUGUCUAAAAAUACAAUCUCCCACAGUCUUGGGGGCGGUAACCACUCUAGAUCCAUGUCACUGGCUUAAGACUUUCAGUGUUGCUAGAUAUUGAUACUCACACUCAGUUUUUACACGUUUAUCUGUCCCUAAGCGCCCUGCUUAGUGACAGAUUUACAUAAG